AGAGGGUGGACCCGGGCAGAAGUUGCCGGAAAUGAAAGAGCUGAAAAAUAAGCCCGGUGUCCUGUACAUUGGGAGGAUACCUUAUGGUUUCUACGAGGGAGAGAUGAAAGCUUAUUUUUCGCAAGAUUAUAUAGUCAUCUCAAAUGGUGAAUUAAGUUCCCAAAUCGAGUUGUAUGGAGAAGCUUCUGAGUGUAGCCAUGGAAGCCUGUACCUGACCCUUUGCUUCUAUAUGUUACAGCUGUUUGUUCACAAGCCUCGCCCUAACAAUCCACGCUACAUGAUGACACUAGGAUUAUUCGAUGUUCAAGCAGAAAUUGCAUAUGAGCUUUUAUUUUAUGUGAAUCCAGUCGUGUUUCAAAUAUAUUUCCCUCGCUUCUUUUUGGUUGGAUAUAGAAAUUGCCUGAGCCCAGGAUUGUGCACGACUGUAUAUGCCAGAGGGAGAGAGCAUCACCGAUUAAGCUUUUUUUAUUCACAAUUUGACCAUUACAAUACAGAACCAACAUUGCUUUUCAGUAGACGACUUUCUCCACAUUAUAACCACAAUUUUACCGCUCCUUGAGCCUUUCUUC